CAAGCCCCUUUCCCCUCCCCCGCCCCAGUCCCCCCUGCUCCCCCGCCUGGGUCCGGGGGAAACCCCCGCCGAGAAGAGCCCGCCCCCAGAAGCGCGCCGCCGCCGGCCGUCGGGGCCGAGCCGCAGCCGAGCGGCCGUGGGCCCGGGCGGCGGGCGGAGACGCGGGCGCCGUCCCCGCUACGGCCCGCGUUAGCUGGAAUGUUUUUAUAAAGAGAUAUCCUCUCCAUCAUCUGUUUGGUUACUGUGAGGUACAUCUUGCACAGGAAAGGUUAGACUUGUUUCUUAUGUGAUGCCAUUCCAGCACUGGACUCAUGGAGGCUGAACAUUUAUUCAGGAGUCCGUAGAGCCCACUGUAUUAUAUUGAAGAAGAUGUCUAACAGUAACACUAUUCAAGAGACCCUGGAAAUAAUGAAAGAAUCAGAAAAAAAACUGGUGGAAGAAUCUGUAAGCAAAAACAAGUUUAUAUCUAAGACUCCAAGUAAGGAAGAAACUGAGAAGGAGAGUGAAGAUACUGGUUUGCGUCCAGAGACACAGGAUUAUGAGUCCCUUUUGGACAAGAGGCGGACAUCCAACCAUGGUCAUGCCAGGAAAAGAGCCAAGUCUAAUUCCAAGCUGAAGUUGGUGCGCAGCCUGGCAGUGUGUGAGGAGUCCUCUGCCCCAUUUGCUGAUGGACCACUAGAAACCCAGGAUAUAAUUCAGUUGCACAUCAGCUGCCCCUCUGACAAGGAGGAAGAAAAAUCCACGAAGGAUGUCUCUGAAAAGGAAGACAAGGACAAAAACAAAGAAAAGGUCCCAAGGAAGAUGCUUUCUAGGGACUCCAGCCAAGAAUAUACAGACUCCACUGGAAUAGACCUACAUGAAUUUCUUGUAAAUACACUGAAAAAGAACCCAAGGGACAGAAUGAUGCUGCUAAAAUUAGAACAGGAGAUUCUGGAAUUUAUUAAUGACAACAAUAACCAGUUCAAGAAGUUCCCUCAGAUGACCUCAUAUCACCGGAUGCUAUUACACCGGGUAGCUGCCUAUUUUGGGAUGGACCACAAUGUUGAUCAAACUGGAAAAGCUGUCAUCAUCAACAAAACCAGUAACACAAGAAUCCCCGAACAGAGAUUCUCAGAACACAUAAAGGAUGAGAAGAAUACAGAAUUUCAACAGAGAUUCAUUCUCAAGAGAGAUGACGCCAGUAUGGACCGAGAUGAUAACCAGAUCAGAGUUCCAUUGCAGGAUGGAAGGAGGAGCAAGUCAAUAGAAGAGAGAGAGGAGGAAUAUCAAAGGGUCCGAGAGAGAAUAUUUGCCCGAGAGACUGGCCAGAACGGAUAUCUAAAUGACAUCAGACUCUCCAAAGAAGCCUUUUCUUCUAGCUCUCACAAGAGAAGGCAGAUUUUUAGGGGGAACCGUGAGGGGCUGAGCCGAACCUCAAGCAGCCGCCAAAGCAGCACAGACAGCGAACUCAAAUCCCUGGAGCCACGGCCUUGGAGCAGCACAGACUCCGAUGGCUCUGUCCGGAGUAUGCGGCCCCCUGUCACCAAAGCCAGCAGCUUCAGUGGAAUCUCUAUCCUCACCCGAGGGGACAGCAUCGGGAGCAGUAAAGGUGGCAGUGCAGGAAGGAUCUCCAGGCCAGGUAUGGCACUAGGUGCCCCAGAAGUGUGCAGCCCGGUCACCUCAUCCCAGUCUGUCCGGGGCCUUCUCCCUUGUACUGCCCAGCAGCAGCCGCAGCAGCCGCCACAGCCGCAGCUUCCUUCUCUCCCACCCACGCCUCAGCAACAGCCACCCUUGAAUAAUCACAUGAUCUCACAGCCAGUCCCGGCUCUGCAGCCCUCUCCGCAGCCUGUUCAGUUCUCUCCAGGCUCCUGUCCCCAAGUCCUUCUGCCAGUCUCUCCGCCCCAGCAGUACAAUAUGGCAGAGGACCUCAGCAACCCCUUUGGACAAAUGAGCCUUAGCCGCCAAGGUUCUACUGAAGCAGCUGACCCAUCCUCAGCUCUGUUCCAGCCCCCGCUUAUCUCCCAGCACCCCCAGCAGACUAGCUUCAUUAUGGCGUCUACGGGACAGCCCCUCCCCACGUCCAGCUAUUCCCCUUCUAGUCAUGCGCCACCUACUCAGCAAGUUCUGCCGCCCCAGGGCUACAUGCAGCCCCCUCAACAGAUCCAGGUUUCUUACUAUCCCCCUGGACAGUAUCCUAAUUCCAACCAGCAAUACCGACCUCUGUCUCACCCGGUGGCCUACAGCCCCCAACGUGGUCAGCAGCUGCCUCAGCCAUCCCAGCAGCCUGGUUUACAGCCCAUGAUGCCUAACCAGCAGCAGGCGGCUUACCAAGGCAUGAUUGGGGUCCAGCAGCCACAGAACCAGGGCCUGCUCAGCAACCAGAGGAGCAGCAUGGGGGGCCAGAUGCAAGGCCUGGUGGUUCAGUACACUCCACUGCCUUCUUACCAAGUCCCAGUGGGUAAUGACUCGCAAAAUGUGGUCCAGCCGCCUUUCCAGCAACCCAUGCUGGUCCCUGCGAGCCAGUCUGUGCAAGGGGGCCUCCCGGCAGGGGGCGUACCAGUGUACUACAGCGUGAUCCCACCCGCUCAGCAGAACGGUACGAGCCCUUCUGUGGGGUUUCUGCAACCUCCCGGCACUGAGCAGUACCAGAUGCCUCAGUCUCCCUCUCCCUGCAGUCCACCACAGAUGCCACAGCAGUACUCAGGAGUGUCACCUUCUGGACCAGGUGUGGUGGUCAUGCAGCUGAAUGUCCCUAAUGGACCCCAGCCUCCCCAGAACCCAUCCAUGGUCCAGUGGAGUCACUGUAAAUAUUACAGCAUGGACCAGCGUGGGCAGAAACCUGGAGACCUAUACAAUCCUGAGAGUAACCCCCAGGCCAGCACUCAAAUGAGCAGCAGCCCCGUCACAUCUCCUACCCAGUCUCCAGCACCCUCUCCUGUCACCAGUCUCAGCAAUGUCUGCACAGGACUCAGUCCCCUUCCUGUCCUCACACAGUUCCCCCGGCCUGGGGGUCCAGCACAGGGUGAUGGGCGCUACUCCCUCUUGGGCCAGCCAUUGCAGUACAAUCUGUCUAUCUGCCCUCCCUUGCUCCAUGGCCAGUCAACUUACACGGUACACCAGGGACAGAGUGGAUUGAAGCAUGGAAACCGGAGCAAAAGACAAGCACUCAAAUCUGCCUCCACUGAUCUGGGGACAACAGACGUCGUCCUGGGCCGGGUGCUGGAGGUGACAGAUCUCCCUGAGGGCAUCACUCGGACCGAAGCGGACAAACUCUUCACUCAGCUUGCCAUGUCUGGCGCCAAGAUCCAGUGGCUCAAGGAUGCUCAGGGGCUGCCUGGCGGGGGUGGGGGGGACAACGGUGGGACUGCUGAGAACGGCCGCCAUGCAGACCUCGCUGCCUUGUACACCAUCGUGGCUGUGUUUCCCAGCCCCCUGGCUGCCCAGAAUGCCUCCCUUCGCCUCAACAACUCUGUGAGUCGCUUCAAACUUCGAGUGGCCAAAAAGAACUAUGACCUGAGGAUCCUGGAGCGAGCCAGCUCCCAAUAAACGGAGGAGGGGAAGGCACCAGCGCAGUGGGGGGAUGGGGGAGGGGGCCAAGGGAUCCCGACAGACCACGGACAGAGGAAGAAGGGAAGGUGACAGACACUGAACUGGAGCCUAAGACAGUGGGGAUAAAGAUGGAACAGACACACUGGCACUGGACUCCUUCUCACUCCCCUGCCAUGGGUCCCCUCUUUUUCCCUGGUUGGCCCCCCCCCUUGCUUCCCUCUCCUUCCCAUCCUCUUCUGCCAUUUUUUAAUCUCUUCUCCCACCAUGAAAUUAAUUUUUUUCAUAUUUUUUUGGUCAGGUAGAUUUGGGAGGGUCCCACACUCCCCUAUUCGAUCUCCUUACCAUCCCAAGCACCCUUUUCAUUUCUGGUCUUUAUGAAUAUAUUUAUAUGGACAGAAUUAAGAAAAGCAAAAUUGAUUUCCCCUUCCUCUCACUUCCCCCAUCUUGUCUCCCCAAACCCCAAAGAGUUAAAACUUGGGCCUCCCCCCACCUCCCAGAACACUUGUAUAUUGUUUGUUUGAGGUUUGUGCCACAGUAACAGACAGUAUUUAAUUGCA